CGUCUCCUUGCCAUCAGCAAGCAAAAACAUUAAUAUCCGUUGUAUCAAUUUGAAAAUCGAACACAACAAACAACAUCAAAAUUUAAUAGUAUAAUCAACUUUCCAAUAUUUAAAAUAAUCAACCUUUCUGUUACUACUACUUACAGAAAAUACACUAAUAUUCGAAACUAGUAGAGAAAAUGGUCAUUGACAGAAUUAAUGAAUUAUCGCGUCGUCCACAAUAUUCAUCAUUGGAUGUUGAAAUGGAAAAUAGAGAAUCUUCUGAUGCUCACUCAUCCGAAACUAGAGAGUUGGGAAAAUUUAUGGAAGAAUACUAUGCAGAAGUUCAAGAUAUUAAAGAUAAUAUUGCACAAACAGAAACUAAAUUGACAGAAUUACAAAAACUUUACAAUCAAUAUUUAUCGGCAACUAUUGCAGAAGAGCAAAAAACAUUAAAGAGACGUCAAAAGAUGCUAAUUGACGAAACUGGAAGAAAUGUUCAAAAAAUUCAAACAGAUUUGAGAACUAUGAAUGAAAGAACAAUGGAAUUGGAAAAGGAAGAAGCAAAUUCACCUGUAAUUAGAAUUAGAAAGCAACAACAUGCUCUCCUGACAAAGGAAUUUAUUGAUACUUUGAAUACUUAUCAAGAUUUACAACAACAAUUCAAAUCUAAUUACAAGAAUAGAUUGAAACGUAUUUUGAAAAUUGUCAAUUCAUCAAGUGGAGGUGCAAGUGGUGAAGAAUUGGAUAGAGUUGUCGAUGAAAUGGCAGACAAGAGUACACUGAAUCCUGCUGACUUGGUUCAACAAUCGAUGGAUGGUCUGACCUCAUCACAAUCUGCCACACUCGAUGCCUACUAUAAUGAAGCUUCUGAAACACACGAUGAUUUGAAACAAAUUGAACACUCUCUGAGACAAUUACACUCCAUGUUUAUGGAUUUUGCCAUGUUAGUUGAACAACAAGAUGAAUUACUGGAUAAUAUUGAAUAUAACUGUGCUUGUACUGUAGAAUAUGUAGAAAAGGGUAUUAAGGAUAUUAAGACUGCCAGAAAGGUUCAAAAGACAAGUAGAAAAUGUCUUUACAUUAUCAUUGCAGUUGUGGUUAUAUUUACUGUAAUUGUAGCUAUUUUAUUGGCUGUAGGUGUUCCUAUUGCUCUCAAAUUGACAAAAGUUUUCUAAAUUCAUAUUGUAUAAAGAGUUUAAGAUUUAUUCG